AUGGCGAGCGUCACUUCCGAUAAACCACGAAUGCGCGCAAAGAAGGCUUGCUUGGCCUGCAACUCUCGGCGAGUGCGAUGCAAUGUGCUCGACAUGCAACCAUGUCGCAACUGUGCGGCAUGGAAUCUUACCUGUGAACUGGGGGUAUCGCGGCGUGGAAAGUAUCCUCGCCGAAAGAAGAACAAUUCUUUGGCUUCAGCUACUGCGGAAACGUCCCGCAUAGAGGAGGGCGCGCUAGAGGGGCAGUCACUGCAAUCAGAACCUCUGCAAAAUCACUCAAGUCUUUACAAACCCUCUGCGCGACCAUCUACAGCUGAAAAUACUAUCCAAAAAACUGUCUUUCUCGGCGAAUCGAGCCCUCUGACAUGUGUGGUGGACGAGGGAAGACGAUCACCCGACAAAGGGUAUGCUUGCGGGAUCCAAAAGGGUCGGCUUCAUUACUCUAUUCCAGAAGCGUGCAGCCCCGAGGAAUCCGGUGAUACCUCACUUGGGCUGCAGCGGAAAUCCCUGCAGGAACGUCUUAUUCGCGAGAGUGCCCUGGUCUUUCCAGCCCCUACAGCUUGUGAAGUGCUUAUCCAAGCAUAUUUUGAGUGGUUUCACCCUUGCUUCCCCAUUCUGGACCGCCCGCAGGUACAAAAUGUGUAUCAAGAGAAUACGAUAUCGCCUUUGUUGCUCCAAGGCAUGUUAUUCGUCGGGGUAAGCCUGUGUUCAGACCUCACCUUAAAAACAAUUGGAUUCGCCGAUCGCUAUCAAGCCAAGGGGGUUUUCUAUCAGCGCGCGAAAGAAAUAUACGAUGUCGGGUGGGAAACCGACACGAUCGUUAAAUUACAGUCGCUAUUUCUCCUGAGCUUCUGGCGCGGAGGUCCGACCGAAGAGCGAGAUGUGCGCUUUUGGCUUGGGGCUGCCACUGACCUGGCGCAAAAAAAGGGAAUGCAUGUGAUGUCGAAAUUAUCAUUUCUGAGCUCUCGCGACCAGAAAAUAUGGAAGAGGAUAUGGUGGGCUCUAUACGUACGCGAUCAACAAACAUCUGCUGCCUUAGGUUUGCCAUCUCGGAUUCGCGAUGAAGAUUGUGAAGCCGCAGAGCUGGAACCAUCUGACUUCGAGGAACUUGAUACUACUGAAUUCUCCGAAGUCUUUCGAAAACCGCCCACUGCGCAUGUCAAUUAUGUGAUCGGAAUGGCUCAGCUUGCAAAACUAUUACGAGAGGUUGUCACCAGUCAAUAUCUGCCAGGCCGCUCAAAGCUAGACAAUCCGCAGCGCUCAGCCCUUCACCAGCAAUUGGUCGAGUGGGAAUCAAAUCUGCCACAGGAGAUGCAUUUUCAAUCGUCUCCUAGCCGACAGGUCACCUAUCUUGUGGGGAUGCUGCAUAUGGCUUACAAUAAUUUGUAUGUACUUCUGUACCGACCGAUAUUUUUGCAACCUCCAAGUGCGUCGAUGAGUCUGGAAGGGAAUAUCGCCUUGGAUGCAGCGACAAGAAGUACUCGAAUACUCGAAGAUAUGCUCUCGGAGAAUUUACUAACGUCUCGUCUGAGUAGUAUCACGCAUACCUUCUCUGCUCUAUGUAUUCAUACGAUUCAUUUCGGACGAGUCACCGGCACAGCUCGCAAGCUGGCCGAACACAGGGCAAAACUCUGUCUCCUCGGUCUUAAAGAACUCCAAAAAUCAUGGGAUCUGGAGAAUUGGGUUUUAGAUCUUUUCUUUCGAUGCUUGGAUGACCGCACUGCGAAAAAUCUGCGACUGGCCGAGGCGGACUGCCUUCAACGCUGUCUACUCAACUUGCAAAAGGAUUCUCCAUCAUUCAACAUGACUUACGGCAACAUUGCCCAACCCCUAUCCCCAGCCUCUCAUAACAACGAGAUGAUGAUAAGCACGCAAGAAGCCCCUUUCCCCAACCUCUCAGAAGAUGCUGCGAUCAAUAUGGACUGGUAUGAGUUGUUUAACAACACAGAGGGAGAUGAUGUCAUGGGGCUGGCGGGCCCUUUGACGAAUCCGGACUAUCUCAACCCGCAAAAUCUGGAAUUUUUGUAUAGAUUUUUAUGA